GAAAACACAAUUAGCAAACCCCGUAAUCUGCACUAAUUACCAGGCCGCUGGGUCUCCCCCUCCGGCUGCCGGGACCAUGGGGGAGAUGACGGUGGCCGGGGAACGGCGCCCGCCCGGAGCCUCCUUCUCCAUCGAAUCCCUCCUGGCGGAGCGGGGGGACAGGGCACCCCGCAACCCCGCUGCCCCCACGCCCUCACCCGGGGACAAACCCUCGCAGUCCUACAUCGCCCUUAUCUCCACCGCCAUCCUCUCCUCCCCGGAGAAGAAGCUGCUGCUCUCCGACAUCUACCAGUGGAUCAUGGACAACUAUCCCUACUUCAAGAACAAGGAGAAGAGUUGGCGCAACAGCGUCCGCCACAACCUCUCCCUUAACGAGUGCUUCGUCAAAGCCGGCCGCAGCGACAACGGCAAAGGCCACUUCUGGGCCAUCCACCCUGCCAACCUGGAAGACUUUGCCAAAGGUGACUACCACCGCCGGCGCGCCCGGCGCCGCGUCCGCAGGGUGAACGUCGGCUUCUACCACCCCUACGCCCUCUACAGCCUCGGCUGCUGCUGCCCCUGCUGCCCCCCGGGCCCCCCCCUCGCCCUGCCCGCGCUGCCCCCCAUCGCCCUGCCCGCAGCCCCCCGACAGCGCCCGCCCGAGCGCCCGCGCUGGCCGUGGGGACGCAGCCCCGCUCUCCGGGGUCCCGGCCCCCUCCUUCCCCGAACCCCCUUCCUCUAACCCCUGGGGGGGGCCUAAAAGAUGCCCCCCCCAAAACAUGGGGGGCAGCUCCAGGUGGGAACUGCUCAGGGACACUGGGGGUGACACCUCGCUCCCGGCACCCUGAGCCGAGGGGUCGCGUGUACCCCUAUGAGCUGGAUGGUGGGGUGCCCCUGAGGGCCCCCCCGUGCCCAUGUCCCAAUGGGGCUCCCCCCAUCCAAUCCCUGUGUCCCAAGGGGUCCCCCCUCCCCAGGACCCCCUCGUGCUCCCACCUUCCCCAUAACCCAACAGGGACCCCCACUCAUUUCCAAGCCCUAA